AUUGUGGGGCGGGCGCGGCGCCGGCGACGCCAUUUUCGGCGGCGGAGGGUGGCGCGAGGCUGCGGAGCGCGGGUCAGGGUGAGGAUGCUGCGGGGCGGCUGCGGAGGCGCCGCUUGCUGCUGAGGCGGCUGGGCUCUGCGCGGCCUCGGCCUGUGACAGCGCGACGAGCGCGGCUCUCCCGAUCGGACGGAUGUAUGACAACAUGUCCACAAUGGUGUACAUAAAGGAAGAGAAGCUGGAGAAGCUCACGCAGGAUGAGAUCAUCUCCAAGACCAAGCAAGUGAUCCAGGGGCUGGAAGCCCUGAAGAACGAGCACAACUCCAUCCUGCAGAGUUUGCUGGAGACGCUGAAGUGCUUGAAGAAGGAUGACGAGAGCAACCUGGUGGAAGAGAAGUCCAGCAUGAUCCGCAAGUCCCUGGAGAUGCUGGAGCUUGGCCUGAGCGAGGCGCAGGUGAUGAUGGCGCUGUCCAAUCACCUGAAUGCUGUGGAGUCCGAGAAGCAGAAGCUCCGCGCUCAGGUUCGACGUCUGUGCCAGGAGAACCAGUGGCUGCGGGAUGAGCUGGCCAACACGCAGCAGAAGUUGCAGAAGAGCGAGCAGUCGGUGGCACAGCUGGAGGAGGAGAAGAAACACCUGGAGUUCAUGAACCAGCUGAAGAAGUAUGACGACGACAUCUCCCCCUCGGAGGACAAAGACCCUGAUUCCACCAGAGAGCCGCUGGAUGACCUCUUCCCAAAUGACGAGGACGAACCAGGACAAGGAAUCCAGCAGCAGCACAGCAGUGCUGCGGCUGCCGCCCAGCAGGGCGGCUAUGAGAUCCCUGCAAGGCUGCGCACGCUCCACAACUUGGUGAUCCAGUAUGCUUCACAGGGGCGUUACGAGGUGGCGGUGCCACUCUGCAAGCAGGCCCUGGAGGAUCUGGAGAAGACUUCCGGCCACGACCACCCCGACGUGGCCACCAUGCUCAACAUCUUGGCCCUGGUGUACAGGGAUCAGAACAAGUAUAAAGAUGCAGCUAACCUCCUGAAUGACGCCCUGGCUAUCCGAGAGAAAACCCUGGGCAGAGAUCAUCCCGCGGUGGCAGCGACUCUCAACAACCUAGCAGUACUGUACGGUAAGCGAGGGAAGUACAAGGAGGCGGAGCCGCUGUGUAAACGAGCCCUGGAGAUCAGGGAGAAGGUUCUGGGAAAGGAUCAUCCCGAUGUUGCCAAGCAGUUAAAUAACCUGGCCCUGCUGUGCCAGAACCAGGGCAAGUACGAGGAGGUGGAGUAUUAUUACCAGAGGGCCCUGGGCAUCUACCAGACGAAGCUGGGGCCCGACGAUCCCAACGUGGCCAAGACCAAGAACAACCUGGCCUCCUGUUAUCUGAAACAAGGGAAGUUCAAGCAAGCGGAAACUCUGUACAAGGAGAUUCUCACCCGCGCACACGAGCGGGAGUUUGGAUCUGUGGACGACGAGAACAAGCCCAUCUGGAUGCACGCUGAAGAGAGAGAGGAGUGCAAAGGCAAGCAGAAGGACGGGUCGUCUUUUGGAGAGUAUGGUGGCUGGUAUAAAGCCUGCAAAGUGGACAGUCCCACUGUCACAACCACUUUGAAAAACCUUGGAGCACUUUACCGACGGCAGGGGAAGUUUGAAGCUGCAGAGACAUUGGAAGAAGCCGCCAUGAGGUCACGUAAACAGGGUCUUGACAAUGUUCACAAACAGAGAGUGGCUGAAGUGCUAAAUGACCCUGAGAGCAUGGAGAAGCGGAGGAGCCGGGAGAGUCUCAAUAUGGACGUGGUCAAGUACGAGAGUGGCCCUGACGGAGGGGAGGAAGUGAGUAUGAGCGUAGAGUGGAAUGGGGAUGGCACUGGAUCUUUAAAGCGCAGUGGCUCCUUUAGCAAACUCCGGGCUUCCAUUAGACGCAGCAGUGAGAAGCUGGUUAGGAAGCUGAAGGGAGGAAGCUCACGGGACAGUGAGCCGAGGAACCCUGGGGCAUCCCCCGCAGAGCCUCUUGGUGUGGAAAACGACAGCAGCAGCCUAGAAGACGCUAGCACUAACUGACCUGGGCCUGGUUCUUUAGACACCAUGCUGCUGCUGCUGCUGCUAAGCACGGCUCCGGAGCUGGCCCUGUGAAGGCCAGGGUGGGGCUGGGAGGGCCCUCGGCUGGGAGCCCGCAGUGCUAACUUAGUUCCCUUGCCCAUGUGCUGUGGAGCGUAUACUAACAACUACACCACUAGUAGGGUCUUGGAGAGCCACUCUCAGUCAGCAAGGAUGGUGACCUGGUCCUGUCCCCUUCCUGGGAGGCCUACGGGCAGGACACCUCUGGCUCUUGCUGCUUUUGCCUGGCCUCUUUGUGGCACUUCUCAUGUGUUUAGUUCUGUGUCGUGUGUGAUAAUGUAUUUUUAUUGUACAUUUUUUUAAAAAAUUAAAAGUUUAUAUGCCAUACCAUCUACCAGAAUGAAAGCCUGUUCAUAAUUAUUUUUUUAAAAUUAAUUUUUUUUAUUAUCAUGC